AUGCCAAAUUUGGAUGGAGUAUCCUUACAACCUUUGGUUAUAGGGAGCAUCGGAGAGUUAGGAAAUUGGAAAAGUCCGACUGUAAAAUUGCAUCAAAAUGAUAUCGAUUCUACAUAUUGGGUUUCUGAUUCAGUUAAGAUCCGCGUGAGAGAAGAACAAGUCUUUUACAAAUAUGCACUCUACCAACCAAAAAAAACUGGCAGGAUAAGCGAGUUUAACGACUGGUUUUUCGGCGACAGCACCAUUAUAAUGGAAGGCGAUACAGAACACGAUAACCGAACAUUAUUGUAUCAAGGUUACCAUUAUGAUAUAUGGAAGAGCAACAAUUCUAAGAAGCUUUACAGCACAAAUCUCUAUAAAGAUUUUAAGUUUGUUGACGUGAUAUAUGAAUCAGCAAACCCGGAGAAUCUUAAAGAAAAAAUUAUGGAAUUCCAAUCAUUAUCAAAAAGUCAUCCGGAUUUAACUGCACGUGCGAUUGACACGAUUUCGAUCAUGACUCUAAUAUCGUCAUCACGCGAGGGCUACCAACGGAUCUUCAUAAGCUUUUUAUUAGGACAUCACAUUGAUGUCGCUCAAAAGAAGGAUGGAAGUCUCAGCCGUCUAAAAUUGACUGAUAGAUUUCCUUCAGCUAUUUUAUUGCGAGCGUUACGGGAAAUUAAACCUAAUAUUAUACCUUCGAAUGCUAUAAGUCUAUUUUCCCUGGCGACAUCAGCUUUGGUCCGACACAAUUCAUCAAAACGUGGGGAAUUUGACUGGAUGAAAAUGUUUGCUAUUGCACCUAUUCUCGACCCGUCAUAUACGUUCUUACCUAACAUUGAGAAACAUGAAUAUAGCAAAAUAAAUGAAAGCAAACGUUUUUAUGAGUUGCUCAAGAGGGACGUGAAACCUUAUAUUGAUAAAAUCGACAAAGAUUCAACCUAUCAAACUGUUGUGGAGACCAUAAUCAAAAUUUCUUUUUUCAAUAUCGAAUCAUGUGACUUUAUAAUGAAUCAUAUCAUUGAAAAAGAAGAAAUGAAUGAAAAAGUCAAGGAAUGCAUAAACAGAUCUAUCAAUAACUUUAUAGGUCCUGACAAUCCAUGCACGUUGGAACAGCAUUUUAAAUCCCUUUCUGAAGAUCUUCGAAUCGCGUAUUUUGAAAUCGAACGAAUACUGAAACAACUUUCGACGUCAAAAAAUCACAAUUUGCUACUAUUAUUCCCUGAGUGGUCGAAACUCGCUUUGGAUAAUAAACCGAAUUUGGAUAGAAAAAUUCCAUCACUUUGUGAAGAGUGGUAUUGUCAUACAAUUUCCAAUGCCCCUACCACUCAAAAAGGAAAAAUGAAUAUUGUAUCCUUCUUCUAUAAGCAACUUUCUGCUAUUUCAUUCGCUAUUGAAAAAAGACCCAACAUUCAUAAAAGGUUGGCAUCGAUUAUCGAAAAAAAAAUUGCCAGCUUACCGAAUGAUUGGUUUCUUCAAUCCACAUCAUUUGUGGGUGCUUUAGAGCCCUACAUUAUCAGAGAAUUUAAGAAAGUUCUUAUAAAAAUACUAGAUCCAUUGUUGAGUAAUGCUACCGAUGAAUCUCUAAUAAAAAUCAUAUCCCUGAUAUGCGACAUUUCGGGUCCUAAACUGUACAUUCCUAAUCAGUUAUGUGAAGAAAUUCUUUUGUAUAUAUUGGAUUCAGUUCGAGAAAACUCUGUAAAAUCUGGUGUGCUUAAUAUUGACAACAAAGAUGACGACACCUCGCAAUUGUUACUGAUUAAAUCAUCAAAACUCUGGAUAUUCUUGUUAAACGCAUCCGGUGAAGUCUAUGAACUACUGAGACAUCAACAUGUAAAAUAUGUUUGCUCGAAAAUUACAAAGCUCGUCCGUGCAAUAGAGAACAAAUCAAUUAGAAUUGGGAUGCUUAGUGCACUCUUCGAAUCGCCUAAUGAAAUAUUAAUUGAAUAUUUUGCUGCGGGAAUCGGCGAUGAAGGUAGUUCAGGAAAUAUAAUCACCAAAGAAUUGCUAGAAUCAUUCAAUGAAAGAUUGCGUGAACAUACAUGUAUCGUCGAGCAACUUUACUCCUUUUACCAUAAAUGGUGCGGCGGAGCUGCAGACACGCAGAGUUACCUGGAUGAUCUCAAUGAAAAAAUGAACGCUUUGAAAGAUUUGGAGUUUGCCGAAAUAGUCGCCCCGGGUUAUUGGUCAAUUCACCGUGAGAUAAUUGAAGUCAGUCAAAAAGUGCAUCCUUAUAAAGAUUCAAAAACCUUUUUUAAUGUAUUCAUGAAUAGCAUGAAUGAAGAAGUUCAGAUAGAUGUUUCAUCUGUGGCGAAAGCAUUUAGGGAUUCUUUACUCGAAAACUAUCAAAAGACUUGCCUGAGCUAUAAAAACUGGGGAAAUAUAAAAUGCUCAGAAGCUUGGCCGCUUUGGAAAGGGAUCACCAGAGAAGAGGUUAGAUCGGAGUUUGAACUGAUGAACAGCGAUACGACAUGGUAUAAACAACAUCAAAAGAAGAAAGAUUUGAUUAAAUCAAUCGAAUCACUGGCUCUCAUUCCGUCUUCAAUCUCGCAACUGAGAAAUCUUUCAAAUGUCAUUGUCCAAUUCAAUGUUAAGAAUGUGGAAAAUAGUUGGGCAAAUAGAAUGCUGAAUACUUUAAAGAAUGACGAUAUGACCUUAGGACAAUUGCCCAAAUUUUUUAAGGAUCUCGAUAAUCAUGUCGAGAAGUACAAAGAGAUCUGGCCUAUAAUAAAAGAACUCUCUUCGGCCAAAGAAUUUAUUGGCUUCUUACUUAAAGAUUUAAUUGGAAAAGACUUGACAAACCUCAUUAACGCCGUUGAUGAUCAAUCAGACACAAAACUACUUCAGGAAAACACGGUGGCCGCUUUAAUUGAAGUUAAUAAGGCGUUAAAUCCCUUGAACAAAGAAGCACGAGCUUCAAUCGAAUCGUUUUUGGAUUGCCUAACAGAAAUAUCCAAAAAAAAUCCUUCUCUUCCCACAAACAUAAAUUCUUGUAGCUCACAUAAUUUGGCUUUACAAAAUAUGUAUCGCAAUGUGGCAAAGCGCGGAGAGGUUACGAAAGAACGAAUUAAAAAUGCCGCGACUAUCGGAACCUAUACAUUUCAACAUGAGGAACGAACUAAUUUAUGUGAGGUCCUCUUAACAUACGAUACAACGCAAAUCGAUGAUGACAAUGAUAUAACACCUCGCGUGAAGGCGUCAUACAAUUUAGCAGAUUUGCACGAUCUUUACGGCCGAGCACUCUUGAUCGGAAAAUCUAGAGCUUCGACGGAUCGAAUAAAUGAUGAAAAUAAUUCCGAAGAUAUUGAUACACAAAUGAAUCAGUUUAUUAUACAGGUCGAUCUGGUGCAACGAAUUAUUGAUGUUGCCUCCAAACUGAUUCGAUUGGGGCAUUUCCUAUACCAGAUGAUGCAUCUUCAGGCACGUGGCGUCAAUAAACUACAAAAAAUGCUGGACAAAUUGACACGAGAUCUAAAGACAUGGGAAGAAAUAGUCAAUCGUGCGCAAAACGAGCACUAUUAUUUAACUUUCUUUUCCGCCCGCCAGAUUUUAACCUUUUACGACUAUUUUAGGAAAAGGGAUGAAAGUCUUAAAGAAACUUGUAAUAAUUUUAUAAGAUUUGUCAAUGACACAGCUCAGUUGCCGCAAACACAAACUGGAAUAUGGGAUGCGGUUAGGAAAGAAGAAGAUUUUUUGCCAGUUCUUCGCAAGAUUGGUAUUACACUUCGCGGUAUUUUCUCCGACAUACCACUGCGAACUCGAACUAUUCCCGAAGAACUAGAACCGAUCGUGGCCGAUACUAUCUUUAAAGGACAUUUGUUCGUCGCAGCUUGCAAUUCCCGUUUCUUGGUUCCAAACGUCAUCCUAUCACUAUUCGCUAACCACCGAACUUUUCCUGAACCAUGGCAACUCCUUAUCUGUAGAAAUACAACGACUGCAGAGGAAAUUUCACUCUUCAUAAAACGUUCCUUUAUUGCUGCAAGCAAUGGAUAUGAAGGCCGUUUGUUUUGCAUUGCGGAUGUCGAACUCUUGGAUUUUGAAUUGCAAUAUAAUCUCGUCCAGGCUAUUCGUGAUUUUCAGGAAAAAGAAAAUGAUUAUCUUCUGGCUCUUAUAUGCACUCGAGAAAAGGGCACCAAUCAUCACAUCUUAGAUCAAUUUGCGGAAAAUGUGCAUGUGACAAACGGUCUUGAUGCAAAAUCCAUGAAAAUGUUAUACGAAGAAAUCUGUCCUGAUGUAGUGUGCGUAACAUCAAAUAUGUCCGGCCAAGGAAAGACAGAAUGGAUUAAGGAAUCCAGUUUUCGGAAAGGAAAGGUGCCACGUACCUUACUGAUCAGCGACAAUGCAUAUUUUAAAACGCUAGUUCGACAACUGGCAGAUUGUAAUUUAGGACCCGCUGAAAGCUUACACCUUGACAUCACGCUUAUCACGAAUUCGCACGAAGUCAAUUUCUUUUUGUUCGAAUUACUAACGCUCGGCAUAGUUUCAAACGACUCCGACAUUGUACACCUACCCAAAACUCUAAUCUACAUCGAAAUUGCAUCAACGAUUAAACAACAUUUGCUGGACAUGCUACCUUUAACAAAGUAUUUGCAUCAACAAGAGAUCGAAUGGAAUAUGAAAAAUCUCAUCGUGCCUUUUCAUGUGAAUAGCCCUCUCCAGGUGGUUUCUUAUUAUUUGGAUAAGUAUGCUCGUGGUGUCCUUGAUGACGAGAAUAUCCGAUUUACUGGAGAUAACGCGAUUAGCGAGCCAUUAUCACCCGAGCGUUGUCGACAGUUACUGGAACAAUAUUUUUUUAAUGAUCACAUGGACAACGUCCAUUCCUACAGAUUCUUGGAAAUAUUUGUAAACGUGUUAGCGGAUCAACUGGUUCGUUUUUCCGCGAGUUCCUUCUUUCAAAUAGAACAGCUGCGCAUUAUGACCAAAGAUACGAACAUCCGCUCAUCUCUUUUGGAAAUUUUGAUCUCUUGCUCUAAAGAAUUUGCAACCCGUGCGAUUAAGACCAAAGAUAUGCAAAAGAAGAAUAUUCAAGCUGUUCAAAACGACGAUACUCAAGAAAUUGAUAAUGCGCGGCUCGGGGAUAUCGCGCAAUGGGACGAUUCUAAUCAUCUCGUGGUCGUAUUUUUGUCCCAAAUGCCAGACUCAAUAUGCGCGCUUUAUCGAGAAAAGAACAAAGUGCCAAAAAAUGUUGAAAAUCUAUUAAAAAGUCAAAAUGCAGAAUUACAAGAUUACAGUUCGAUGGGACCGACCAUUUUAUUGGAGCGAUUGGAACAACUCGCAAGGAGAAAAAUGAAUAAAUUGACAAAUUUGCCGGAAUACGCGUUGUCAAUCGAGAAUAUGCUCAAGAUGGCGAUGAUUUUAUUAAGAUCACGUGCCAACAUACCAGUUGUUUGCUGCGGAGAGGCCGGUUGUGGCAAGACCAGUCUAAUUAGAUACCUGUCAAUGAUUAUGGAAGUUAACUUUAGCGCACUAAAUCUUCAUGCUGGAAUUCACGAGAAUGAUAUUAUAAAUUUUAUGGAAGAGGUCAAGGGACUUGCACAAAAAGGCGAAACUUGGGUGUUCUUUGAUGAAAUAAACACUUGUGAUCACAUCGGGAUGCUAGGAAGUUUAAUUUCGCAUCGACUCCUCAAUGGAAAACUGAUUCAUCCAAAUAUUCGAAUAUUUGCCGCUUGCAACCCUUAUCGGUUACGAACUAAAGCUCAAAGCAGUGUGGGUCUAUCAGCAAAACUUUACGAGGAAAAAAACGAUUUAGUUUAUCGA